AUGAAGCUGACAACUGAGGUGAUAUCUGAAAUCUAUCAAGACAAGCCACUCGAGGCUCUAAAGGAAGUCAAUGUCUCCAAAAGAGAGAUAGAUCAAGUGGAAGACAUCUCUGCUUGCAAGCAACUUCGCAAGCUUAUUCUUGCGCAUAAUGAUCUCGCUGAUGAAAAGUCGAUUGCAGGUUUAAAGAACCUCGAUGAAAUGAUCCUUCUUAAUCUCUCAAACAACAAGUUUAAGGAUUUUACUGGAUUUCAGCAUUUCCAAAAGCUCAAUGUCUUGAAUGUCAGCCAUAACGAAUUAGUUCACAUGAGUCCCCAUAUCACUCGUCUUAAGCAAUUGAAGGCUCUUAUACUGAACAAUAACAACUUACUAGAAAUUGAGAAUAUCGAGCCGUUAUUGCAAUUGAAUACCUUGGUCAUCUCUCACAACAAGAUCGAUACUGUUCCUCGCUUAUCCAGCCUUGCAGAAUUGACCAAACUUUCAGCUGCACACAACCAACUCACCCAAGUGCCUGAUCUAUCACACAACCUUUUGCUAAAGGAGAUUCGUCUGAACGAUAACCUGAUUACAGAGAUACCCGAAACUUUAAGAAAAUGUAACGCUAUCGAGAUUAUGGAUUUCGGUAAUAAUGGCAUCAAGGAUUGGAAGGAUAUUGCGCCUCUAGGCUCUUUGUUGAAACUUCAUAGUUUGAAUCUGAAGGGAAACCCUCUUGCAAACAAGAAAGAUUAUCUCGAAAAGAUUCUUGAUCUCGUACCUUCACUCCGUAUUCUGGAUGGAGAACGAUUUGAUCCCAAAUUUUUGGAGCGCAAGAAGAAGCAAAGAGAAAAUCUCAACAUUGUCGAAAAGAAACAACGUAUGAAACGUAUGAAACUUCAAAAGGAAAAGAAGGAGAAAAAGGCUCAUGGCAUUGUUGAUGAAGACGGAGAUGUGAAGAUGACUGAAGCAUCUGCUGUGGAUGACAAGAAGAAGCGCAAGGUGAAGGGUACUGAAAUUGCCAAGAUCAAAUCCAAACGUUCAUCACCCAAGGCUGAUGUUGAGGAUGAGCCAGCAUUGAAGAAGAAGAAGAAGACAGACGAUGGCAAAGAUCUGUUCUUCCUCAAGCCAGAAGAUAAGCCUGCUGCUGAGAAGAAGGUCAAAGUUGUUAGGGCUGCUCCUGCUACAAAGAAGACGCUGGCCAAGAAAGAUACCGUUGCUAAAAAGACUCAUGCUACUGUCGCUGAGAAGCUUACUGUCGAAAAAGUCACUGCCGUGGAAGCACCUGUUCCUGUCACAAAGACUGCUGUACCUGCCAUUGCUCAACCUGCUACAAAGGCUCAGACUGGUGUGGUGGGCGUUGUAGACAAGUCAAAGAAGAUAAAGACUGCCAACAAAAAGACAACUGAUAUUGUUGCUGCUCUGGAAAGUGAGAGCAAAAAGAAGGAAGAUAGCAGCACUGGCACUGGUUUAGACGUUGGCGGAUGGGAUUAA